CUUGGUGUACAAAUAUGGAUCAAGAGUGGAUUGUCCCAAUCCCAACUGCGGCGGCAAAGGAGAUGGGAGAAUGGGGAAUGGCGUGGAAGAUGUAGUUGGCAAUGCCAACAAUUACAUAGGUGAACAAGAGGAGAGCACUGGCAGCAUCCCUAGCCCACUGUUCUCGGGCACAAAACCGAAGAAAAGGCUAAUUUCCAAGGUGUGGGAAGACUUCAUACCCACCUUCGUCGACGAGAAGCUUGCGCGGGCUGAAUGCAUGCUCUGGCACCGGAUCUUCAACUGCACCGGCACCACUAGCGGCCUGCGAAAUCACCAGGGCAAGUGCAGCCCUGGGACUCAGAAGAGGCCAAGGCAGCAGGAGCGCACAUCCUUGCCAUCUACACAGAAGAGCACGGCAGCACUUGGCUCAGAUCCGAAACAGAAGAAGCUCCCAUUCUUGCUAUCCAGCCAAAAUGGAUGCACGGGCACAGCAGACGCAACGCCUGUGCAGAAGGAGCUUCAUCAGAAUGCGUCUCACGAAGGACUUGCAGCACCUGAGCAGAAGAAUCAUGCUUUGCCUUGUAUUUCCACUGACAAGAGUAUGAAGAAUCAGUCUCAUGGAGAAAUUGCAUCUUUUAAGAUACUGACCAUGCACGGGCACCACCCAAGGAUGAUGGAUCAAGAUGGAUUCAAGAAGCUUGUUACUUGGUUGAAUCCUAUGGUCAAGAUGCCGUCCCACUCCGACCUGACACGGAACUUUUGGAACCUGUAUCAGCAAGAAGAGUCCAAGCUUAAGAAGUUAACAGCCUUAUGCAGCCGUGUUUGCUUGAGUGCUUAUAUGUGCCACUACGAUCCACGCUUGGCAUUCUUGUGCUUGAGUGUUUACUACAUCGAUGAUGAAUGGGAGAAGCAACAAAAGAUCAUCAGAUUUCGUCCUGUGGACCCCUCUUGCAGUGCAAAAGAACUGAGUGCUAUCAUAUUGCGAGCUAUUGGAGAAUGGGGUCUUCAUGGCAAGGUUUUCAGCAUUAUACUGGAUGAUGCAUUCAGUGAUGAUUCUGUGGCUUCAAACGUCAAAGCCAGUCUUCAGGAAUGCAACAAAGUCGCUGCAAAUCAGAGCUUGUUUGUUGUACGUUAUGCAACUUAUUUACUUGAUCAGGUUAUUCAGAUAAUUUCAGCUGGUGUCUUUGACAAGUUGUGGGAUGUGAAGAAAGAGGUGCAUCUCAAGGCUGAUAUGUACAAGCAACCUCUUUACCUCUACAGGGAGGAGGAAGCAUUUUCCAAUAUAGAUAUAUCUUAA